UGUUUCAAUCGACAGCCGUACGAGGCGUGAAAACCAUCGAAAAGUUAUCACUUUGUAAGGGCGUUUUAUAUCUAUUGACACUAUAAAAGAUGCCUUGGUAUUUCCCGUGGCCAGAUUACAUAAAGAAGAAAGCAUGCAGGUAUCUACUGCAGCACUACGUCGGGAGUUUUCUCGAAGAAAAACUGACACUUGACCAACUGAGUGUUGAUUUGUACAGUGGGACGGGAACAGUGAAAGAUGUCAAACUCGAUGUUUGGGCCCUGAAUGAGCUUCUAGAGAGUGUGUCAGCUCCUAUUGAGAUACGUGAUGGUAUUGUGGGAAGCAUCUCUGUGGAGAUCCCCUGGUCAGCUCUUCUUACAGCAAACAGUAAAGUGGAGAUCAAGGGUCUAAAGCUCACAUUCCAACCCAAGUACAGGCUCAACUCGGACACCAAUGGAAGCACCAGCAGUAGUAUGGCAGACUCAAUGUGGAGUACUAUGAGUAUGACAAGCUCCAUGCAACUAGCUCAAGAAUGCCUCAAGAGGGACACCUGUGAACCUGAUGUGGAUCCUACCGCAGCCUCUCAACCAUUUGAGGGACCUGAGCUACUUGCUCAGAUGAUUGAAUCAGUGCUAACCCGUGUUGAGAUGACGUUUAUUGAUACUAUCAUCAGGCUUGAACACGUUCCCCAUGGAUGCCAGUCCGGUAUAGCAUUGGAGUUACAUAUUGAAAGGUUGCGUUACUUUGAUGAGGUGGCUCGUUGUGGCCCCUGGGACCAAGGAAGUAGCGUAGACUCCUCGCGAGUUCCUCAGUUUGAGCCGGUGGCAAUCUCUCACAAAAACUUCCAAAUGAUGGGCGUGACUGUGCACUGUGAAGAAUUCCCAGAGGAUCAACGACAUGGGGCAAGAGGAACCUCAUUUGAAUGUGAUCCAAGAGGCGGUAUGUCAGAUGCUUUCCCAUCCCUGGCCCAUUCACCAGAGAUGCCACCCCAGCACAAUAUGAUUGAUAGAGGAAUGAGUCAACAGGAUUGUGGUGGUGGUCAGGCUGGAUGGGAUCUUCUAGAUACUUGCAUUAUUGGAGAGUGUGCUGGAAAGCAAGAGGUUAAAGUCAAGGUCAAACAACAUGAACAUGUAGCUGGACCAAAGGCAGAAGUAGAGACGUACCUUGGUUCUAUCAAUUUAUUUCUUGCACCGAGACAUGUACAUCUCCUAUUAGAGCUCUUCAAUGGCUUUUUAUCACCAGCAACAUCAGAUGUGACCAGUACUCGCAGUGGACAGCCUAACAAGCCCAUGCAACCAGAGGACUUCCAACGCAUUGAGACUGAGCUGCAAGAACAUCUAUCUCGAGAGAAACAACAAAAGCAGGAGGACAGACUACGGCGGGAGUCCUGGGGUCUAAAGGACCAUAAUGAGGAUGCGUAUGCAGAUCUACUCUCUAUGCAGUCAUUCAUUGAUGAAGAUGAUGUGUUCUUCUCAAUGACAAGCAGCAUGAUGUCAAUGUCACAUACUGGUACCCUGGAUGACAUGGAAGCCUCCUUUACUAGCACGAUGAGUAGCAGCUCUACAGAUACAUCAAGAACAGGGAGCAGUUUGACUAGAAUUGGAUAUGGGAAUAUCUACAGAGGGUCUAGUAUACCAUCCUAUGGAUCCUCUGCUCCAAAAACCACACAACCCAAGAGGUCUAAGGCAAGGAAAGGACUACGGGAGCAGUUAGAUGACCCAACGGCUGAGCUUACCCGCUACAAGCUCCGCUUUAGCAGUCUCUCCCUGACUGUUCUACACAAUGAUCCCUCACGUACACCUCUUAAUCUAAGCCCAACACACACCUCAUUCACUGGCCCCAGGGGAGGAGAGAGAUUCGGUAAAGGUUGUGGGAGGGCAUCCCUUCAAGAGAGGGCCAAGCAUUUCUUUGAGGUUCUUGGCAAGCAAGGGUAUGGGAAGAAGGACCAGGCAGACUGGAAGGAGCGCUUUGCAAGAGCCUGCCCAUACGACCAUCUUAGAUUAACAGCUGCUCCUGUAAUGCUAGAGUGUGAUAGAAAGACUGGCCCUAAUGUAACUGCAGCUACAGCCGAUCUAUCCUUUGGUACUCUGGAACUCCUAGAAUGUCUGUUUGAUAGACCCAGAAGCAACUCAGCCGAAUACAAUGAUGGGAGAAUCAGGAAUGAUGUACCAUCUUGCCAGCACAUUGAGAUGUUAUCUUUUAAGGAGGAGACUACCUUGGAGAGUGAAUAUGCUGCUGUUAAACCUUCUCUGAGUAUCAGAUUCAAAAGUAUACAAAGAACCAGUAAUCAGGGUAGUCAACGUGUCAUUGUACAUAAACCCAAGUCAGAGAUUGCUGUGGAGCUGGGUCAUCUCCAGUGUGAAUUAGACUUGACCGUAGUGGAUCGACUGUACACCUUACUUCACCCUCAGCCUGUUGGAUGGUCCAAUGCCACCAUGAGUAAUGGCCCAUAUCGCUCUCUCUAUGGUGGUGCUGUCAACUUGAAUAAGCAAGCUGUUUUCAAUCAGGCUCUUGAUGAGACACCAGCAGGCUUAGAUCAGCUUCUAGAUAUCAGAGUUUCAUGCCCUCUAGCACAUCUUGCCUUCAGGUUUCCAAUCCCAGAUUUGAGGGAUGUGAGUGACUGUGCAUGGUGGAAGCGUUCCUUGAGAGAUGAGAUCCUUCAUAUAGAGCUACAGGAUACAGAGUUCAGAACCAUACUUGGUGAUGGUAAACCUUUCCAGACCUUACUGCUGCAAUGCAGACAAAUACACAGUCUUUUACAAAUGGGUCCAGGGGAAUCCCCAGUUUCCUUCCUUCGUAUAAACUAUAGUAAUCUGGAUAUCAACUCAGCUGAGAGGGGCUUCGACUGUCCAAAACUGGUGCUCAAGUUGUACCCUCACAGUGAGACUUCAGUCUUUGAAGACACAGGAGAAAGUGAUUCUCCACCAGUCAAUUCCUGGGAAGGGGCGUGUCACUUUGACAAACCUGAAAUAUCCCCAUUUUCAUCCAAGAGAGUCAUGUAUGAUAGUGAACAGAUGGUGAUGCCUGGUGACCUAGAUGAGAUGAGAGAAUUUAGUGAUAAAGCUAUGAGUAAUGCUCGUAUUGUCAUGGAUCUUGUUAUACCAAGCAUCAAUAUUCUACUUCCCAGUAAAGACUUCAUGGAGCUUCUCUAUAACAGGUUUGGAUAUGAUCUGCUUCUAUGGCAGCCUGCUGCUCCUACUCCUAGAGACUACAAUGAUGGUUUGUCAUCCCUAGGAUUACCAAGGCUAGACCUGGCUAGUCAUAUGGCUGGUGCUGGUAUGCAGGACAGGUUUACUAUGUGUCAAUCUGGUCUGUAUUAUGAGUCCGACUCAGACACUGAAGAAGACAGCAGUGGGUUUAACGCAACACUCAGGCAGAAGACAUCUCAUCAGACUCAGGGGGGUAACUCACAGAGUCUCCUAGCACUCAAUCUAGCCAUCAAUCAUGGCAAACUCACUAUGUGCACUCCUUUGCAGGAUGGACUUCACCAUGGAGAGACUAUGAUAGAAAUUGAGGAUGGCUCACUGUUCACUGUUACUGACUACAAAGGCAAUGUUAACCUUAGCUAUCUAUGUGUGCAAGCCAACCGGUUUGCCUUGUACCACAAUGGUCAAGUGGAUUCAGCUCUACAGAAUGACCCUGUUCCCCCUGCAACCUGGGCCCCACCAAACCAUCUUAAAUGCUGCCUGUACCUAUCUGAUAAUGGAGUGCCUACUAAGCUUAGUGGUAGUGUAGGUCAUGGCGCUGGCAGUCAGAACAUGCUAGCUCUGGCACUCAAGAUGUGCUUCAAUCCAGAGAUCAAUAUCAAGAGUAUGGAGUGUGCUGUGGGCAUCAGAGGGGCUACAUUACAGCAUUAUAUGAGCAAACCAGAACACAGCUGGAUCAUACAGCUUGGUGACUUCUUUGAUGUUAUUGAUGAAGAAGUCCUUGGAUAUGAGAUGCCAUCUGUGGUCACAGAGUUCCACGCCCAUUUCUGGGGAUGUGGUAUUGACUACAGGCCCCUAUACCUGCCUAUCAGGACAUUUGUGAUGGCAGAGACCCUGAGUAUCUCUAGUAACUUGGUAUAUGAAGCUAAAGAGUCUCUAUUGAGGUUCUUAAUUGACGAUGCAUCACUCUAUUUAUCAGACCAGUGCAAUGAGAGAUCUGUAGACAUCAGAAAAAAUUAUGUUUGUGUUUUGGAUCUUGGGAUGUUGGAACUUUCAUUGAGAAUGAGCACAGACAAAGAAAAGAACCCCAAGAUUGAUCUGAAGGUGUCCAAUAAUAUUGUUCAUCUGCGUACAUGUGCCGAUUCCUGCACAGCGUUGGCCAGACUUCUACACUAUCUUGCCAAUGAUGGGGACCAAUCACCAGCCCAGCAACAAACAUCAAGUCAGCCUGAGCAGCAACAGCAGCAACAGAUGCAGCAGCAGCAGCAACAGUGGGACAUGGAAUAUGAGGAGCAUUCAGAGAUGAAUGGCAAGCCUCCAUCGGAUAGUCCCAUUGGUCGUGGUAAUCACCUUGAUCAUAUGCAGCAGUUGAUGGAUGAGGCAAUGAAGGAUGUCCGAUCUGGACUGUCACCCCCACCAAGUGAAGGUGCUCCUAUGAACAUAGCCUGUACCCUGAAAGCAGAUGGUGACCUGUUCCUGUUCCCUAAUGAAGACAUGACCGAUGCUGUGUCCUCCAUAGAUGAUACCAGUCCCAAUCACCAGCAUGACUCUCUGAACAGCCUUGCUGAACCACUGUCUGGGUAUGUUGAUGGUAUGGAUCAUGAUGAAGGAGAGGAGUACUUCAAUGAUGAGGAUUUCUGUGUCUUAGAUGAUCCUGGUAUGGGUGUACUGCGUACUCAAGGAGAGCCUGAAGUCAAGAGCCUUGAUGACACACCAACUGUUAUUAAGGAAGAGCAUUUUGCUCGCCCUCUUGGGCGUGGUGAUCAACUGAAUGCACCCACUGGCUUCCCAACUCCGGUCAUCAAGUACACUCUACAAGAGAUGAGCAUAGUUUGGCAUGUCUAUGGGGGGAAUGACUUUGGGCCAGUGUCAGCCAGGAAACACUCUAUCCCAGACGUCACUGCAAGCCCAGUCAGACCAGGCACUCCAGACAGAACAAGACCUGUUCAGACUACUACCAAUAGUCCAACCUCCAGGAAAAGCAGAGAGCCAAGUCAUCAUGAACUGAGCUGGCAUGAAAGAGGGGGGCCAGGCCGGGACCAUUGCACUCUCAUGCAGCUACAAAUGAAUAAGGUGAGGUUCCAGCACACCCAGUACCCAGAGGCCACCCAGCAACAAUCCCGUCAGAUUCUCUUAAUCAGUGACAUUGAGGUGCGUGAUCGUCUGGCCAACUCACAGAUCAACAAGUUUUUAUAUCUUUACUCAUCUGAAGCAAGACCAAGGAGGACUCAUGCAAACAUGGUUUUAGUGAAAGCAUUGCAUAUCCGUCCAGAUCCUAAUCUGACAGCUGAAGAAUGUUGUCUACGAAUCUCACUUCAACCACUGAGACUUAACGUUGACCAGGAUUCGUUGUUCUUUCUACAUGACUUUUUCACCAAAGUGUCAGCAGAGACAUCUAAGGUCUCCCGUCCAGAAACCAAAGAACACAUAACUCACUAUGCAACAACUCCCACCCAAGCCCAGACUGCAUCAUUGGAACCUAGAAGCCAGAGUUCACCUCCUGGAACUGUGGAGCAGUGGCUGGCAGAUGGGAUGGAGGAAGGGGAGGGAGAAGGGCAGGCAAACAGCUGUAUGUAUGAGGCUGAAUAUGGGGUUAUCCCAAACCCACAGGAUCCAGUGUCGGGUGUGACGCUAGAGUCCCAUCAAGUACCAAGCUUAGUGGCAGCAGAGGGUAAUCCAAAAGGCACUGCUACUCCAAUCUUCUUUAGGUCAUUUGUAUUUUCCCCCGAUGUACCAAUCAAGCUGGACUAUGAAGGCAAGAGAGUUGACAUGGAACAGGGUACAUUGAUUGGUCUACUCAUAGGGUUGGGUCAACUAAACCAUUCAGAGCUCACACUGAAAAGACUUCACAACAGACAUGGCUUGCUUGGUAUUGAUAAGCUGAUACUUUAUGCUGUGAAUGAGUGGGCCUUGGAUAUCAAGAAGACACAACUACCUAGUCUCCUGGGAGGAGUGGGACCAAUGCAUUCCUUCGUCCAACUGGUUCAAGGUCUAGUUGACUUAGUACGUCUACCUAUGGAGCAAUACAAGAAAGAUGGACGCUUAAUGAGAGGUUUUCAACGAGGGGCCAGCUCAUUUGGGACUUCUACAGCAAUGGCUGCAGUAGAACUCACCAAUAGAAUGGUCAGGAUACUCCAGACUGCAGCAGAGACAGCAUAUGAUAUGGUGUCCCCUGGACCAAGUGUUUCCAACCGAGCCAUAACCUACGGACCUUUUGGUCAGUCUAGACUAGCCAGACAACCAACGGACUUCAGGGAGGGCAUGGCUAAUGCAUUCAACGUUGUUAGAGAGGGUUUGGAGGAUGCAGCUGCUGCCAUUGUUCAGGUUGCUAAGGAGGAGCAUGAACAUAAGGGUGUGUCUGGGGCAGUGGGGGGUAUUUUAAGACAGAUCCCUCCCACGGUUAUUAAACCCCUGAUUCUAGCAUCGGAAGCUACAUCUAGUGUCUUAGGAGGAAUGAGGAACCAGAUGUUACCAGAUGCUCGGAAGGAGGAUGCUGACAAGUGGCGAUCAGACCAGAAUAAGUGAGACUUGGGGACAGAAUAUAUAGCAGUUUGAUUAAUACAGAUAAAUCAAAUCUCAUAUUAAACCAGUUUAAGAGAAAGCACAGUGUUGGCGCACCAUGGCAUCAACACAUUGAGCAGUGUACAAUGUAAAACUGUUUCUCUUCUACCAUUGAUUCAAAGACAGUAUUAGAUUAAAGGAACACGUUGCCUUAGAUCGGUCGAGUUGGUCUUUGAAAAGCGUUUG